AUGGACAACAUCUUGGAGAUUCUACAGACCAUUCAUAUUGGUGCAGUUGUUGCAACUUUCCUUUUCAACACUGGACGUAUUAUAAGAGCAGUAGACAUCUUUAACGAAUGUUUGGUGCUCCUUAACGGUAAAGCCCUAGAGACAAUCAAAGAACUUACCACACCACUUCUUAUCUAUGUAUACCGUAAACUUCUUGAUGGCUAUACUCGUGUGUACGAUCACACCCGUGCGAUAGAAUGUGGUAAAAAGCUUCUAGUGACACUACACAAUACAGGCCAAAAAGAAGUAGAAGGGAUGACAUUACUUAAACUAGCAAACAUCUACUAUCAAAGAAGCAAAUACGAGGAAGCAAAACAGUUUUACAAGAGAGCACUCAGCAUCAUGAUUGAGGCUGGAAAUACUGACGGAGUUGGAACAUGCUACGGAAAUCUAGGAACUGUGCUUCUUUCUGUUGGUCAGUAUACCAAGGCUGAAGAAUACCUUCAAAAGGCACUAGUGAUCAGGAAAGAAAUCGGUGACAAACAAGGAGAAGCAUCUGCUUACGGAAAUCUAGGAACUGUGUUUAAAUAUGUUGGACAAUAUACCAAGGCUGAAGAAUACCUUCAAAAAGCACUAGUGAUCAGGAAAGAAAUCGGUGACAAAGAAGGAGAAGCAGCAGAUUACGGAAAUCUAGGAACUGUGUUUCAAUCUGUUGGUCAAUAUACAAGGGCUGAAGAAUACCUUCAAAAAGCACUAGUGAUCAGGAAAGAAAUCGGUGACAAAAAAGAAGAAGCAUCUGCUUACGGAAAUCUAGGAACUGUGUUUAAAUCUGUUGGACAACAUACCAAGGCUGAAGAAUACCUUCAAAAAGCACUAGUGAUCAGGAAAGAAAUCGGUGACAAAGAGGGAGAAGCAGCAGAUUACGGAAAUCUAGGAACUGUGUUUUUUUCUGUUGGUCAACAUACCAAGGCUGAAGAAUAUCUUCAAAAAGCGCUAGUGAUCAGGAAAGAAAUCGGUGACAAACAAGGAGAAGCAGCAGAUUACGGAAAUCUAGGAACUGUGUUUAAAUCUGUUGGACAAUAUACCAAGGCUGAAGAAUACCUUCAAAAAGCACUAGUGAUCAGGAAAGAAAUCGGUGACAAAAAAGGAGAAGCAGCAGAUUACGGCAAUCUAGGAACUGUGUUUCAAUCUGUUGGUCAAUAUACCAAGGCUGAAGAAUACCUUCAAAAAGCGCUAGUGAUCACGAAAGAAAUCGGUGACAAAGGAGGAGAAGCAUCUGCUUACGGAAAUCUAGGAACUGUGUUUCUUUCUGUUGGACAAUAUACCAAGGCUGAAGAAUACCUUCAAAAAGCACUAGUGAUCAGGAAAGAAAUCGGUGACAAAGGAGGAGAAGCAGCAGAUUACGGAAAUCUAGGAACUGUGUUUAAAUCUGUUGGUCAAUAUACCAAGGCUGAAGAAUACCUUCAAAAAGCACUAGUGAUCAGGAAAGAAAUCGAUGACAAACAAGGAGAAGCAUCUGCUUGCGGAAAUCUAGGAACUGUGUUUCAAUCUGUUGCUCAAUAUACCAAGGCUGAAGAAUACCUUCAAAAAGCACUAGUGAUCACGAAAGAAAUAGGUGACAAACAAGGAGAAGCAGUAGCUUACGGAAAUCUAGGAACUGUGUUUCUUUCUGUUGGACAAUAUACCAAGGCUGAAGAAUACCUUCAAAAAGCAGCGGUGAUGAAGCAAGAAAGCGGAGACAAAGCUGGUGUUGGAGCUUCAUACUUAAAUCUGGCAAAACUUUGGCGAGAAUUUCAACUUACUGCAAAGAGUCAAGAAUUUGCUAAUAAAGCACUUGAGAUAAGUUACGAAAUAGGGGACAUUGAAAUGCAGUUUAACAGCCACCUUACCAUUGCUCUGAACGAGUUAGUGGCAGGAGGAAGCAAAACUGAACUUCUGCGAAAUCUGUAUGAAAGCAUUCAGAAGUGCGAAGAAAUGCAUGAUUUUUUAAGAGUACAAGAUCAAUUCAAAAUUUCCUUUUUUGACGAGCAUGUGUCCCCUUACCUUCUUCUUUGUAGGUUGUUAAUUGCUACAGGCAGUCAUUAUGAAGCUCUUUACCUUGCCGAGCUUGGACGAUCCAGAGCACUGACAGACGUACUUUCAGAUAAGUACUCUGUGGAAAAAGGGGUAUCAGUCAACCCACAGUCAUGGAUUGGUAUUGAGAACAUUAUGAACAAAAAUGCACUUAGUUCUUGUCUUUAUGUUUCCUGCUUCGAUGAUAAUAUGUACUUUUGGAUUCUCAAGCCAAACAAAAUUACAGUUUUUCGACAAACGAGACUCGAAGAAAGUGCAGAUAAAGUGUUUGGAAAUCAGACAUUUGGUGGUUCUCUUAAUUUAUGUCAAGACCAAUGCGAAGAUCGAUCAUUGUUUUCAUGUGUAAGUUCCCUGCCAUCAUGCAAACCAUCUCAGAGUGGUAGCUUCGAAUCUUUGCGUCUUAUCGAAGAAGAGGAAGACGAAAAUCACGACUCUAAACCUUUGACCCUUGCUGAUGGUUACAACAUGAUAGUCGCUCCUGUAGCUGACUUACUCCAAGAAUCAGAAAUCAUUAUUAUACCACAUAACUUGUUGUAUCCAAUUCCUUUCGCUGCUUUAAAGGAUGGUAAUGGAAAGUAUUUAUCGGAUACUUUCAGGAUUCGCAUUGUCCCUUCCUUGACAACUCUUAAGUUGAUUCAGCUCAGUCCAGCAGACUACCAUAGUAAAACUGGUGCACUGAUCGUAGGGGAGCCAGACGUUAGAGAUGUAUACUACCGAGGAAAAAUUCUACAGUUAAACCCACUGCCUUGGGCGAGAAAGGAAGCAGAGAUGAUUGGGCGACUGCUCGGUGUUCAACCGUUGCUUGGAAAGGAUGCAACUAAGCAGGCAGUCCUGGAAAGCAUGCAUUCAGUAAGUCUCAUUCACUUCGCUGCUCAUGGUGAUGACGAACGUGGAGAAAUAGCUCUUUCCCCUAUAAGCUCCUGCGGAACUCCACAUGAAGAAGACUACUUAUUAACGAUGGCUGAAAUUUUACAAGUUCGACUAACAGCCAAGCUGGUUGUCCUUAGCUGUUCUCAUAGUGCAAGUGGUCAGAUUAGAGCUGAAGGAAUUGUUGGAAUGGCUCGAGCAUUUCUAGCAUCGGGUGCACGCGCCGUGCUGGCGGCGCUUUGCGCUGUAGAUGACAAAGCUACCAUGUGGUUUAUGAGUCAUUUCUACGAGCACCUUGUUCAUGGUGAAAGUGCCAGUGAAUCUCUUCAUCAGGCCAUGAAGUCGAUGAGGGAGACUGGCUUUUCUGACGUCAAGCAGUGGGCACCAUUUAUGCUGAUUGGAGAUAAUGUGACAUUCAAAGGUUUGUAUUUGAUAUCAUUUUUAGGUUUUUUAGUUAUCCUAGUCAAAAUUUGUGAAAUUGAUGUUCGUGACACUACGCAUCAUUUUGAAAAAUAUUAUGAAGGGAGUUAUACUGAGUUUUCUUAGUUUUUUCUUAAUUAUUGUCUUUUCCAACCCUGUUCAUGGAAGUGAGGCAACUGGAGAGAAGGCCGAAUUUAAUUAUUUUCCGAUUUUUAUGGAAUAUUUCGUAAAGCAUGCUUGACUCUCUAACUAACUACAUGAAAAUGAAAAUGUAAAAAACGAUAUUUGAGAUUCCAAAGAGCAUACGAAAACAAUUUAUUAAUAUACCGCAAAAUUCCGAAAAUAAGCCCUGGGGCUUAUAUUUUUUGAAGGUCCUUUUUGAGGGGCUUAUUUUUGGAGGGGCUGAUAUUCGGAGGGGCUUAUUUACCGACGGAAAUUUGCGUUUCAAAAUCGAUUGGGCUAGCCUUAUAAUUGGAAGUGAAUUUACCGUGUUUGCUUUUUUUUACUUCUGUAUUUAAGGGUAAUCAGUUUCCCAAGUACAACGCCCCGGGGGGCUUAUGUUUAGAAGGGCGCAUACAUACCUGUUUGGGGGGCUUAUUUUUGGAGGGCUUAUACAUGGAGCAGGCUUAUUUUCGGAAUUUUACGGUAUCACAGAGAAGAGAAGUAAGCGUUAAACACACUUUUUUCUUGAGGGUGUACCUGAUGAAAGACAAAAUGUAGCCUGUUGCAGGCUCUGCGACUGAGUCGCUCCGCCCGCCUUUUACCGCUUCAUCCCUACUAUCUGAGAGCCUGGAACAGGCUAAAAAAACGCUGCCAGUAUUUUUAGGCUUAAAAAGAUUCAUCCUCAGGGAACCAGAUAUAGCGCAGAGGGUAUACGUACUAAUUACCGGUGGGCGAGAGUUUAAAAGCAGACGGAAAGAUUCCCUGGGCACUUAAUCUAGCCCAAGCAGCUACAGGAGCAUUUGAUUUUGCAACUUCUAUUUUAUACAGGUAUUUUUCUGGCAAAUGAGCGAAGGGCAACUCCCUUGUCGUUUUCGUGUGUUCUUAAAAGGAGGUUUUUUGUCACCAAUAGUCUCUUUUAUGAUGCUUGUUCCGCGGAGAAGUCGAAAGAUUUAAUAUGCCCCCAAGAAAGUAUUUCAUUCGAUUCGAUUGGGUUUUACAAUACGUUUUGCUUUAGUUCUCUUCGUAAGUCGCGAUUUUGUACCAGAGGAGAUGGCUGAUAUUCUGGGCAACCAUUGCACAGGCUGCUUGGGCUGCUCGGGCGGCAAUGGAUAGCAUGGUUAGCUUGAUAUCAAUCUCCUGCUUCAAGCUAUAAUCUGAUCAGUAUACAAACAGCAAACAAAUCGAAGGAAUUUGAAAUAAAGUAAAAUAUUUUCACUGCAUACAUAAUUGGCCGGUGACGCGGGAAUUAAGUAACUCUUUUAAAUUCUGUGGUUUUGGGCUUGCGCUUUUGUGGCACGAUGCAUUGCGGCCCUUGGUUAGAAUUGCUUAGUUUUUGCCCGCCUCUUGGCUAGUUCAACGGGGUUCAGUGGAAGUGACUUCGCAGUUUGGCCCCUCCCACCUCCCCUGGUGGCGGAUGACGUCGAUUACUCUCAUUACUCGGCAUGCCUUUUGUCCUGGCAGUCGCAGUUACCUCCCACAACUUAGUUUUCCGUGUCGGAACAAUAAGUAUGCGGUGCAAAUAUUAUACGAAUCACAUUUAAGCUGAAAGUGAUACAAUAUGACUUUACUGAAUUUUUAGCAUAUAAAUAAUUCCUCGAUAUGUUAAGUUUUUGUUAUUUGUUUGACUUUUAAAAAAUCUGUGCCAGAUAAUUAGGUAAAACAUUUAGCGCAACGAGCAACAGAAGCAUGUUGAUCGAUGGCUAAAAUAAAUCGUGCAAAGAAUACAUACGAAAGGGAACCGUCAUGAUUAGUUUUUUUAUUUGUAUCGCAGGUGCAUUUGAUAAGAGCAGUUUGAAAGAUGGCGAAGGUGCAACGGAAACAGAGAACUUGUAA